AUGAGCGACCUCCACUCGGAGGGGGUGACGAGCAUGGAGCUGCUGGAGAGGGCGAGGGAGCCGCUGCCGGCCCUCGACGCGCUCUACUUCGUGCGCGCCACCAGCGCCAACGUGGAGCUGAUCCGGGGAGAUUUCCAGACGGGCGGGCCCGACGCGAAGGGCGAGGGCAGGGAGGCGGCCGACACCGUGCAGCACCGCCACGUGCACCUGGCCUUCUCCCAGAUGCUGACCACCGAGCUGAUGGAGCAGCUGGCCGAGGCUCCGAGGCUGUCGCAGAGGGUGAAGUCCAUGGUCGAGCUGCCGCUGAGCUUCGUGACGGUGCAGGACCGCGGGUUCCACUUCGACAUGCCCUCCGCCCUACGAGCGCUGUUCCCGGCGCCGGACCCGCUGGUGCUCGGCGAGGUCGUGCACGGGCUGGUGGACGUGUGCCGCUGCCUGCAGGCAGAGGAGGUGAGCAUCCGGCACCUGCACUCGAAGACGUGCAAGGAGGUCGCCAAGAGGCUCGAGGAGAGCCUCGCGCACUCGUCGAAGAGAAGCAGCCCCCUUGUGACGGGACAGAGGAAAGCCCACAUACCUUGCGAGGUAUUGAUCGUUGACAGAUCCUUCGACAUGGCCUCGCCCCUUGUGCACGAGUACACCUACGAGGCCAUGGUCUAUGAUUUGCUCGACGGGGGCGCGCUCGACGCCGACAGGAACGUCGUGACAAUGAAGUCCCCCGACCGGGAGAUGCUGCUUUCGGAGGUUGAUGCCCUUUGGGAGGAGCUGAAGCACAUGCACCUUGGGGAGGCCCUGAGCACCAUCCCAGCCAGGACGCAGGAGGUCCUGAGCCAGAACCGCAGGGCGAGCCCCGACCAGGUUUCCACGAAGGACCUGCUGGGGAUGGUCAGGGAUCUGCCCGGACAGAAGGACGUGAUCGACCGGCUGAUGCUGCACACCUUCAUCGCCCAGGAGCUGAACAGGAGGAUCGAUGAGGAGCAGCUGAUGCCGGGCGAAGCGCGGCAGGACUCUUUGGGGCUUCUGGAGCAGGACAUCGCCUGCGGCCACGACAGGAAUGGAAAGACCAUAAGAUCGGACAAGCUCCACGAGAACCUGGUCAAGUUCUUCAACAGGGGCGCAUCCGUUCCCAGCGAGACCAAGCUGCGGUUGCUCCUGCUGUAUCUGUCCUGCGUGGCCUACGUCAAGGAGGACGUGCGCCAGAGGCUGGUGGAGGCCGCCAACCUCAGCGCCGACGACCAGGUGGUGCUGAUGAACAUGCUGCAGACGCAGCUGGCCGACGUGCCUGACCACACGAGCCAGAAGCCAGGAGCCAGCUGCGUGCACCGGGUGACCGACGACCAGGCGGCCUGCUUCAAGGCCAACGCCAGGGAGGAGGGCCGCUUCGAGCUCUCGCGCUACGAGCCCCGGGUGAAGCUGAUCCUGCGGCAGCUGCUGGAGGGCAGGCUGCCCGACGAGGAGUUCCCGCACCAGACCGGCGCCCCGAGCUGCCCCAUCGCGUCGGCGGCGGGCCCUCUGCGCGCCGCGGCCCGCGGCCUCGCGGCGCCCCUCGCGCCGCCCGUGGCGGCCGUGGACGACUGGUCCUUCGCUGAGGCGGCGGCGGCGGCCGACCCGGCCGCCCACAGCACUGCCCCGGGCGUCACGCGGCGGGUGCUCGUCUUCGUCCUCGGCGGCAUCACGUACUCCGAGCUGCGCGCGGUGGCGGAGCUGAAGCGCGAGCUGCCCGCCGCGGGCCUGGAGGUCGUCCUCGGGGGCACCUCGCUCCUCACGGCCCGGCGCCUCAUCGACUCGCUCCGGCCGCCCCGGGAGGAGGAGCCGCACGGCGCCGCGCGGGGGCCGCAGGAGGAGGCGCCCAGGCCGAGCCGGGCGGGCCAGGCCCUGCAGAGCGCACUGAGCCUGGCCUGGCGAGAGUCGCUUCGUUGGAUACUUGUUCAGAUCUGCUUCGUCAGCCGCACCUCUGCCUUCGACGUGGGCAUCCCUGGCCUGGAACAUGGCGACCAGCCACACGCCUGUGACCUGUGCCGCGAGACGUGCUCGCUGAGCGCCUGCCAGGCGGAGACGAUCAAGAUCUCGAACGACUCGCUGUUCCCGGCGAGCAUCCGCCUCGGUCUGGUCUCGCAGGGUGGAGAUUUCGACCCCAACGGAGAGCAGAAGGAAGAGCCGCCGCCGCCCCCGCCGGACCCGCCGAAGAAGGCCGCCAAGGGCAAGGUUCCCGAGCCACCCCCGCCACCGGAGAAGCCGCCCUGCCCGUUCAUCGUCGAGCCCGCCGAGCUGCAGCUGGGCGUCGGCGAGCAGGCGGACGUGCGCGUGUGGUGCUUCCCGAGAGAGAAAGGGGUCCUCGAGGACACACUGGUCGCUCUGGUCGAGCACAACCCCGACCCGGUCACGUUCUCGCUGUGCGCGUUGGGCACCGAGCCCGUGGUCACCGUGGACACCGAGGAGGUGGACCUGGAGCGCCUGUUGGUCAACUGGCGUGCCGAGGAGCGGCGCGUGCGCCUCAAGAACGCCAGCGCGCUGCCCACCAUGUGGCAGCUCGUCUGCGACGAGGUCCAGGUCACGGAUCCGCCAGAGCCCGUGCAGGCUGGGUCGAAGGCGAAGGGCAAGGCCGAGGCGAAGGAUCGGUCGAGGAGCAAGGGCAAGGACAAGGACAGGGAGGAGCCGAAGGAGGCGCUGUCCGCCAGCAAGGGCUCGACCGUCGAAGAGCCCCUGGCGGUUCCAGAGGAGUUCCAGAUCGAGCCGCUGAAGGGCAAGCUCGCGCCUGGCGAGGAGUUCGACCUGCGCAUCAACUUCAAGGCGGCGAGGGCCAUGGACUUCAAGUGCGGGCUGCGCCUGGAGUGCCGGGACUGCGAGGGCUUCCGGGGCUGGGAGCCGCAGGGGCGCCUCGCCGCCCACGCCGAGACGUUCGAGGUGGACGUGGCCAUCGAGCCCGACCCGCUGACCUCGCUGCUCGACUUCGGAACGGUGCUCGUGCACUCCUCGGUGGAGCGCACCUUCGAGGUCCUCAACCGCGGCCGCUUCGCCGCCCGCUACGAGCUCCAAGUGCGCAAGGCCCUGCGCGACCUGCUGGUGAUCGACAAGGCGAAGGACGAGCUCGCGCCCGGCGAGCGUCGCACCGUGAAGGUCACUUGCAUGCCCAUCCGCGUGUACGAGGCGCUCGUGGACAACAGCGGCAUCUCCGCCCUGGUCUUCGACACGGUGACGGGCAAUCAAGUGGACCAGAAACUCCCGCCAGUCCGCGUGGCCAUGUCAGCGGUCUACAAUCAGUUCCAGCUGACGCCUCCGCGUGGCGUGAACUUCGGGCCGGUGGAGAAGGGCGAGACGAUCACGAGGCGGUGCAAAGGUGGUGGCGAGUUCAAGCCUUGGGAUCUUGCUGGACAGCUCAAGGAAGCCCAAUGUAGGACCAAUCAGUUGCAGAAGGCUGCUGUUCACAAGUCGUGUGGUACCAGGGCUGAGAACAUGUCGUUUGACGUGGACAUGGCAUCUGAUGGAGAAUCGUUUGGUGAAGGCAAGUGGCGGGCACGUAUUCAUGAGUUGGACAAGCAGCUGGAGCUGGCAGGUAAGGCCGCAGGCUCUCAGAAUAUUGAGAAGCUCAAGCACGCCAUUGAGCUGCAGCGCGUGCACAUUCAUGAGAUGCAGCGAAACGACAGAAGCAGAUUGAAUUGGCUAAGGCAGCAACCGAUCCGCCUCAGCAGGAGCAUGCUCAGGACGGGUCUGGCGCCAUUGGCGCGCUCAGUUUCGACUGUACUCGACUGGGGACGGUUCGUGAGCAGCUUUGUGUUGGUGGGGCUACGCUGCAAUAUGGCUGGGGAGAUCGCCAAUGAGUUGCCGACCGUCACCACCACUGCGCAGAUCCAGGACUGCGUGGACAAUGGGCUUGUAUCUAGAGACGCCACCUCAGGCUUCCAAGCUGCAGCCCAGUCCAACCAGAGUUAUGAGACCAUGGAGGAAAAGGGCCAGGUCAUGACGACCAAUGUGGGCAACGCUGGAGAUUGGAAUCUGACAUCAGACACGCUUGACGGGCUGGCAUGGUCGGAUCAGCUGAGGGCGGCGUUCAUCAUGCCCUCGGAGGUUUGCUUCCUGCCGCAGGCCAUGGAGUGGCUCAGCUGA